AUGGAAUGGUUGGAUAGCAUUAUUGUUAUUGCUUCUUUCAUUGUCGAUCUAGUUAUCAUUUUUCAUCGCAGUAUUUUCGCCGAAAUAUCCUUACUCUUCAUUUCUCUUCGUCUAUGGCGUGUUGUUCGAAUCAUCAAUAGUGUGGCUCAGACCAUUCGAUCUGAGGUCGACAAUAAAAAGAAACAUUUGGCUACUAGUUAUCAUGAGGUGAUCGAAGUACUUUUGGCUGUUUCAGAAAAAAAAACUGCUGUAAUUUCAGAACUUAGUGACAAAAAAAUGUCAAAAAAUUCUGAUAAUACUCUUGAAAAGUUCAAAAGAAUCGAUGAAUCUUAUCGUGCAAUUCUUGAACAUUGUUCACAUCCAUCAUCGCUCGAUGCUGUCAAUGAGAUGACUCAUCAUUUACAAGAUAUCAAAGAAAAACUUCAAUUAGUAUCAUGA